AUGAAAUGCUAUGAUGCUUGUUUCGAACAUUUAAAAGUUACGUAUGAUCUCUAUGAUUACUCAAUUGUUGCAGGUAGCUUAUAUCAAUGGAAUACAACUGGCAUCACUGUAGGAAAUUCAACUCAGCUAGACUCGCCAGGUCAAAUAUUUAUUGAUUCUAAUAACACAUUGUAUAUCGUCACUUACAGUAACAGUCUUGUUCUAAAAUUGUUACAUAAUACAAUCAAUUUCAUAGUAGUAGCUGGCAACGGUACAGGUGGUUCAAGUUCAAAGCAGUUUAACGUUCCACAAGGUUUAUCUCUUGAUGAAAACUAUAAUUUAUACGUUUCGGAUUUCUACAAUAAUCGAGUACAAAAAUGGCUAUAUGGCGCAUCAUCGGGUACAACAAUUGCAGGAAUAUCAGAUUCAUCAAAUACCUAUAUGUAUGUCGCAGACAUUAAUAAUCAUCGUAUUAUGAGAUAUUUCACAAAUUCAACAAGUGGUGCUGCUGGAACAGUCGUAGCAGGCGGUAAUGGUGCAGGCAAUUCAAAUAACCAGUUAAAUCAACCAUUCAGUGUAUAUUAUGAUUCAGUAUCAAAUUAUUUGUAUAUAACAAAUACUGGCGGUCAAGCAGUAAUCACAUGGAGCCCAGGUGCAGCGAGCGGUAUGUUUGUAGCAGGUACAGUCGGUCUACCGGAAGAUCUCUUAGGAAAACGGGGAAAAACACAUAUUGUACAAGAGAGAGAGAGUGAGAGAGAGAGACGAAUAGGAAUGAAAAAUGAUCAUGGAAAAGAGUGA